GCAGUGCCAGUGGCAGCAGCAACACGUAGUAGUAGUCGACGGCAUCGCAACGUCGAGGCAUCGCACGAGAGCGAGAGAUAUAUAUCCGCUGUUUCGUCGCGCCGCUGGUCAUCGCUCGCGGUGCACGCAGCCGCAUCACGUACAGAGGGAACAAGCGGAUUGCCCUUCGUUCGCAGAGCGUCCUCGAGAGCGUGUGCAACGUAGCGUCGUCUUCGUAGCCGUAUACGGACCCGAGCAGGAAGCGCGUCUGGAAGCCGAUCGUGCGUGCGUUUCAUCGUCAUCCCUAUAGCAGCAGAAUGAAACUGUGCUGGAGCCUGCUUCUCGCGGCCAUCGCCCUAUCUAUGAUCCUUACGACCGCACGAGCGGAAAAUGAUGGACUGUGGGAGGAGGACGACAAGGAGGUCCUCGUACGGACGGUGCGCGGCACUAACGAGAGAACAUCCAGCAGCUCCUCGUCGUGCAGAUACGUGAAGGGUCAAUGGUCGGAAUGCGACCCGAAUACCAACACGCGAUCACGCACCCUGAGCCUGAAGAAGGGUGACAAGUCCUGCGAGCAGACCAAGAUCAUCCAGAAGAAGUGCAAGAAAGCGUGUCGAUACGAGAAAGGAACGUGGAGCGGAUGCGUGAAUCAGAUGAUGACGAGAAUCGACAAUCUGAAGGCGAACAGCGACGCGACCUGCGAGAAGACGCGACGACUCACCAAGAGGUGUAAACAGGAGACCAACACCAAAAAGUCCGCCAAAGGCGAGAGGUCGAACAAGAAGUCAGGCAAGCAGUAAUCACCCGCCAAGCUCCAAUCGUCUCCUCUAAUCGGGCAACGAAAGCGCACUCUCAUCUCCUCGACCCUUAUCUUCUCGAUCCUUUAUCCAAUCGCCGAUUGAUUGCGAGGCAGGGCGCACGAAUUUGGAUGACGGCGGAAUCACCAGUCGAAGCAGCCGUUUACAUACACACACACACACACGCGCGCGCGCGCGCGCGCACAUACGCAUGACACGUACACGACACACAUACUGCCUGGGAAUCAUGCAUUUCGGCACGCAGCGACCGCGUUGCUGCGCGACCGCGUUUUCUGGGUGCGUUGCCGUCGGUUAAUUAUAACGAGUUAAUUACUGUUAAUGAUCGGGGAUGGUGCGCGCGUCUCGGUGAUCGUCGCUUCCGCUUCUCGGAGGUGGAGGUUACUAACCCUUCCAGGAUCGCGCUGACGUUAUCGUUACCGUUACCGUUACCGCGCGCACGCGCGCGCUGUCACGUGCCGAAGGUCGAAAAGAGGAAAAACAAAGGAGAAAGCUCAUUUCAGCUUUGAGAGAGAAUAUCUUUCUUUCGCCUUGAUACCCGCUCGUCGAGAGGAUGCUCGUUCUAUUCUAUCUAACCCGUUGACAUAAUUCGCGGCAACUUCCCUCGCAAAGAGAGAGAGAGAGUGAGUGAGAGAGAGAGAGAGAGAGAGAGAGAGAGAGAGAGAGAGAGAGAGAGAGAGAGAGAGAGAGAGAGAAGUUAUUGAUCGCGCGGUGGUUUUCUAAAAAUGGCACGUCGGCAAGAUCUUGGGAGGGUUAAGCCGCGCAAUCAGCCGGAGAAUCGAUUGGGAGCCGAUACGUAACACGUUUUAUCGAGAUGACGAAAAGUUAGCGACGUAUUGUCAGCGUCAAGGUGUGUCGGUCGGACGCGCAGUGGUGCAGCUCUCGCGUGUCUGAGAAUAUUUAAACGCAAAUUCUUGGCGAUAUGCGAGGCAAGGGAGAGAAAGAAGGGAAAAGAGAGAAAGAGAAAAGAGAAAAAGGGAGAAAAACCUCCUUCUUCUGUCUCUCUUUUUCUCUCUCUUUCUUUCACUCUCUCUCUCUUUGCCUCUCUUUGGAGAGGACGCGAGACCCUCCCGAUUAGACGAUCGGCAAUCCAAAAAGAUCGCGAGCACUCGAGCGUCAAUCCGUUCCUCUCCCGUCUUCCCGAAGCACGUUCUUACGUAAAAUCUGCACCACUGGCUGCACCACCGGCUGAUCGAUUGACGAUGUAGAGCGCGCGUGUAGAGAGCUCCCUCGAACUCUAUAAAGCAACUGACAAUUUCGGAGGUUCGCAGAGGAAGGUAAGAAGAUCGUCUGCCAAAGCUGUUCUCUCGUCUUCCCGCAGCGAAUUACUAUUUUAUUUUAUAUAUAUAUAUAAUUAUAAUAUUAAUAUAUUAUUAUAUUAUUAUUGUUCUCAUUAUAUUCAAGAAAGCACAGCGGUGAGACUCCCCUUAGCUGCUGAGACCCUCUUGAAAAAGAAAAAAAAAAGGGAAUAUCAUGUACAAUGUUUGUCAUACAUAAACGGCUUUCAUUCGAUUGUGACAUAAAUAUACAGUGUUCGGUGUUCAAAGUAACUGUGUCCUCAUGUAACGUGCGCGAGAUAUUCCGACAAUUAUUACGCCGUCGCGAAGGUUCGACAAUUCACAAUUGUAGUAACGAGGAUUCGGCGGGGAUGCGCGCGCGCGAAAGCGCAGAAACGGCAUCCCGGCGAGAGACGGGAUCUUCGAACGGUCAAAACGGCGAAUCAAAACGAAAUCUCGAUGAUCAAAACGCAGCAGAUCAAAAAGGAAGCGAAAAGCAGGAAGAUCAAAAGAGAGCCGCAUCAAAAGGUAAAACAUUUGCCGAGGGAAUGAGGAUCAGGACCAGGAAAAAGAAGCGGAAGAUCAUAAAGAGAGAAAGGGGAAGAUUACAAGAAGGCAAAAAAAAAAGAAAAGAAAAAAAGAAACGAUGAAAAUAGCAGAAUGUUCGCGCGAGCCUAAUGAAUUCUCCCGGAAUCCUUCGCGCC